AGUUGACUUUUCUGGUUCGAACUCAUUUUGUAGUAUUUUGCUUAGCUAAGUACUGCAAUGAAAAUUUCAACGGUCGCUUUGCUUUUUGCCUUCGCUAUUGGCACUUUGGCCACGGGCACAACAUACGAAAGUUCUGAGCAUCCUGGUAAAUGUGUUUAUUCUGAUUUAGUACUUUUACCAGGAGAGCAUGGGAAACCUGCCGGAAAAUGUGAACAAUUCCAUUGCGAGGCAGGUUUUAAAGGCAGAAUUGAACCAUGUGAUUAUAGGUUCAUUAUUUUGGAACCUCCUUGUUGGUGGGGUGAAAUAGAGGAUCAUAGUAAACCCUACCCGGAGUGCUGCAUGAGGAAGGUUAUUUGCCCCAAAAGCUGGAAAGGCAAAUAAAUGAGUCUCAAGUGUAAAGUAAUGCCGAUUUAGAUUUGACUUUUGGAAAAAAAAAUUUUUUUUGAGUUUGCAGUGAACUAGUAAAAAUAAAAAUUGAUUGUUAA